GUUUUACGUCAAAGUGGAUCAGUUUUGAUUUGUUUUUGAUUUUCGUGAUUUGUUUAAUGUCUUCUAUCAUCCGUUUUCCCAGCCACACAGCAAUAAAGGGUCUAGUCUGAAUUACACGAAUCUGUGAAUAUUAAUAGCAAUGGAAUCCAGCUAUGCUCCACUUACAGAAGCUUGUGCAAAGGCACUGAGUGAUAAGACCUAUGAAAAGAGAAAAGCAGCGGCACUGGAAAUAGAGAAAAUGGUCAAUGAGUUCAACAAAGCCAAAAAUACGAAUCAAAUUCGUAAGCUCUUGAAUCUCUUGGGAAACGAUUUUGCUAUCUCCAGAGAUUCCAACAAACGAAAGGGAGGUCUUAUCGGGCUGGCAGCAGUCAGUAUUGGACUUGGAAAGGAUUCGGAGAAGUACAUCAAUGAUCUGGUUCGACCGAUUCUUAACUGUUUAUCCGAUCCAGAAUUAAAGGUCCGAUAUUUUGCUAGUGAAUCGUUGUACAAUGUUGUGAAGGUAGCUAGAGGGGCCAUAGUGCCUCUGUUUCCAGAUAUUUUUUCUGCCUUAAGUCGACUAGUUACAGACCCUGACCAAUCAGUGAAAAAUGGUAGUGAAUUGCUGGAUCGAUUACUGAAGGAUAUCGUAACGGAGAAUUCACAAACAUUCGAUUUAGAUUCGUUCAUUCCGUUAAUAAGGGAACGGGUCUAUCCAAACAAUUCAUUUUCUCGACAAUUUGUCAUAUCGUGGGUGUCCGUAUUAAAUGCGGUGCCGGAAAUUAAUAUGGUUGUGUAUCUACCGGAAAUUCUGGACGGAUUGUUUCAAAUGCUCGAAGACAACAUGGUCGAAAUUCAUCGAAUGUGCGAAACGUUGCUUUCUCAAUUCCUUCGGAACAUUCAGAACGAUCCCAGUGCGGCCGAUAUGUCCAAAAUGUCGAAUAUUUUGAUAAUACACGCACAAUCUACGAACGAGCUAAUCCAGUACACCGCAAUCAUGUGGAUUAGAGAGUUCGUACAACUAUCCGGACCGAAAAUGCUUUCAUUUGCUAGCGGGAUUUUUACAGCGAUCUUGCCGUGCUUGGCCUAUGAAGGAGAUUCCAGAAAACACAUAAAGGAGACUGCUCAGGCUGUCAACAAAACAAUGCUUGAAUUAGUCUCGUCGAAAAGCGAUAUGUCUCAGAUAUUCAAACAUUUGGACCUGGAUUCUAUCAUGGAAGUACUAAGACAGUACUUAGCACACAGUUCCGUCGAUACGAAGGUGGCUGUGCUGAAAUGGAUUCAUCAUUUAUUUACGGAAGCUAAAGACAAGAUGUCGGCACAUGCCAGCGGAUUAUUUCCCGUUUUGUUGGGAAUAUUGUCGGACAAUUCUGACGAGGUCGUUCUGCAGGGGUUGAUUGUCUUAGCGGAAAUUGUCAAUACUACUAACACAAAGGACACAAACAUCAACAAAACUCAUUACAGAAAGUUCCUCAUUAGUUUAUUGAAUUUGUUUAGCGAAGAGAAACCAUUUCUGGAAAAUCGAGGAUCAUUGAUUAUUAGACAACUGUGUGUACUACUGAAUGCCGAGUUCAUCUACAGAACGUUCGCAGAAAUUAUAUCUGAAGAGACGGUAAAUGUAAAAUUCGCUUCGAUAAUGGUUCGUACUCUGCAUACAAUAUUGGUCACAUCAUCCGAACUAUUUGAAUUGAGAAGUCAACUGAAGGAUAUCCGAAAUGAGAAAUCGGCGUCAUUAUUCCAAUGUCUAUACAAAUCGUGGUGUCACUGUCCAAUAUCAACACUGUCACUGUGUUUAUUGGCUCAGUGCUAUCAGCACUGCUCCGAAUUGGUGUUAAUCUUCGGCGAUUUGGAGAUAACGGUGGAAUUCAUUACAGAAAUCGAUAAACUGGUCCAACUGAUCGAAUCUCCAAUUUUUGCUUCGCUCCGUUUGACGCUUGUUUCAAAUAACAAUAAUCGUGCCGAUGCCAAGCAUCUGUCGCAAGCAUUAUUCGGAAUUUUAAUGUUACUCCCACAAACCGAGGCAUUCAAAUGCUUGUCCAAUCGGCUGCAAUGCGUUCCAAACUAUUGGGGAUUGUCGAAUCAAGACACGGACACUCAAUCCAUUCAAUGCCAGAGCAAAAUCGACUUCAACGAAUUGCUGAAACAUUUCCGACAAAUACAAAAGAACCAUCAUCUGCAUAGAAUCAACCAGAGAAAACGAACCGUUGCUUUGUGGGACGACGAAGCAGCAAAAGACGACCAUUAAACAUCCCAUAUUCCACUUAUGUAUUCGAAACCGAAUGUUUAUUCCAAUCAUUGUUUGUACAAUCACACGGGGAAAACUGUUUUUUUUUUCAAUUGAAAUAAAGUGUUGAUGCGAAAUGUUA